CCGUACCGCACGCACCGCGCAUAGUAGAGUGGCGCAGCGAGCGGGUCCGAGUAAGGCCGCACCGGAACCCGAAACGGGGGACAGAGCCCGGGUAACGGGGAGCUGGGUCUGACUCCCCUCUAUCAACAUGUACAACGGCAUCGGCCUUCCUACCCCAAGGGGAAGCGGCACCAAUGGGUACGUCCAGCGGAACCUGUCGUCCGUCAGGCACAAGAAGGACCGGACGGACUACAAGUCUGAGGAGGAGCUGAAGAAGCUGGAGAACCUUCUGGUGAAGAAACCCAACCAGGAGAUUCUGGAUCACGAGAGGAAGAGGAAGGUGGAACUCAAGUGUCUGGAGCUGGAAGAGAUGAUGGAGGAGCAGGGGUACGGCGAGGCUGAGAUCCAGGAGAAGGUGGCCACGUUCAGACUGAUGCUGCAGGAGAAGGAUCUGACCCUGAGCAAGGAGGAGGAGAAGCAGAAGACAAAUGUCUCGGAGACUCACCAGCUAGCCGAGGCCAACGAAAAGAAGAAUGAGCGCCUGCGCGCGGCGUUCGGCAUCAGCGACAGUUACGUAGACGGCAGCAGCUUCGACCCGAACCGCAGAGCAGCUUUGGCUUCUGGGAAGCAGCAGGAGCCGCAGAUACAGUACAGUUUAGUCGAGGACUCGGCCAGUUCACCUUCUCCUUCGCCCACCAAACACAAAAAAAAGAAGAAAAAGAAGGAUCGUGGCCGUUCCUCCAGCCGCUCCCCCAGCCACAAGGAGAAGAAGACCAAGUCGCGUAAGCACAGGUCUGGUUCAGAUUCCAAAAAGAAGAAACACAGAUCUGCGAGUCCGAAAAGCAAACACAAAAGCAAGGAGAAGAAAAAGAGAUCUCCCAGUGCCUCCCCGCAGCGUAGGAACGACUCUUCAUCCUCCGCGGACGAGAGCUCCCGCAGCAGAUCCCGAAGCAGCCCUCCUAAAAGCAAACCGGACAGGCGUAAGGAGUCUCCAGAAAGAAACCGGUCCGAGUCCCCCAAAAGAUCUCGAAGAGAUGACCGAGGCAGAAGCCCAGGGGACCGCUCGCACAAGAAAGAUAAAACGGCAAAGAAAGAUCUUGAUAGCCGGGAUCGAUCUUCAUCUUCUCCGAAAAGACACAAUGAACUGGAGGAGUACGCUAGAAAAGAUAAUCACAGAGAAAAGGAUUCUCGAGCUGAAAAGAAUGUAUCUCGCCCCUCAGCUCGGGAACAGUCACCUGCUGUCGGCAGAACGGCAAGGAAAAGGGGCCGCCAGAGUCCACAGGACCACGCUUCAAAGGAAAAACCCACUGAGCGCACCUCAAGAACAGGUUCGCCUAUGCAUAGGUCUCCUGUUAACAAGGAGCAGGCCUCCAAAACCUCAAGGAAAGAGAGAAGUUUAUCCGGAGGAAGACCGUCUCCAAAACGAGCACUUAAAGAGACUCCUCCAAGGCAUGAAAAACCUAUGAGGAAGAAGCCUUCAAGCGCCCAUUCGUCUUCAUCAUCUUCCUCCUCCUCUUCCUCCUCCGAAUCGGAGAGUGAAAAAUCUGAGCCAUACAGGGUCGAGAGAGGCGGUAGAGCCCGGACUGAUGGAAAAGAAAGAAGAGUGUCCAAAGCAGAGCAAGAUCGAGGAGAGAAGCAUGGGAGAUCUAGAACUCCAAGACCGGAAAUAAGAUCGAAGAGGUCACCGGCCACAGAAAACGUCCGCCAUGGUAUGUCCUCAAGAAGAAGCGUGUCAAAAAGUCCCAGGAGAAGACGAAAAUCAAAAAGUCCACCAAAGAAAACAAGGUCACCUUCUGAGUCGUCAUCCUAUAAGGCACAAUCCAAAACUCCUACACGUAGAGAGAGGAGGUCCCCUUCCCAAACGCCCCCAAGAAAGGCAAGGUCCAAGACUCCUCAACGGAAGGGCAGAUCCCCCAAGGGUAUGGCGAAAAAAGCGAGGUCUCCCUCAGACAGUCCACCCAAAAGAACAAGGUCAAAAACGCCACAGCGCAGGGAAAGGUCUGCAUCUUUGCAUCUACGUAAAGACAAAGCCAGAUCACCACAAGGAUAUGGAAAACGGAGAUCUCCACAGAGACGGGCUAAGUCUCCUGCAGAAAUCCCUCAAAAAUCUCGUUCAUCUAGGAAUGAAGCUAGAUCAAGGUCUAGAUCUCCAUUCAGGCACAGAAAAUCAAGUAUGUAUUCUCCAAGAAGGAAGGCCAGGUCACGUUCUAGGUCCCCUUACACAAAGGCAAGAUCUCGAACACGAUCUCCAAUUAAGAGGGCUGGCUCACGUUCCCAAUCAACGAAGCAAAGGAAAAGAUCUAGAUCAAAGUCGCAACAGAAAUGGCCAAGGUCACGUUCUGCUACCCCACGUGGAAAAGCCAGGUCACGUUCCACUUCGAUAAGACGUCGAGGAAGGACUCCUUUAACACCUAGAGAUUCUAGGUCACGCUCAAAGACUCCAGUUAAGGUCUUGGGAUCACGCUCUAAGGUCGUGUCCAGGCACUCUAGGUCACGCUCUCGUUCAAAGAAAAAAUCUCCUUCCCAAUCCCCUCGGAGAACAAAGUCUGGCUCCGUGCCCCGAAAGCCAAAGUCUUAUUCCAGUUCUGUACAAAAGAGAACAUCUUCUAAAACAGUGGCACAUCCCCAGCCCUCAAGGAAAAGAUCUUCAUCUCGAUCGGUGUCUCCUAUGAAAAGGUCAUGUUCAAGAAGUGCAUCCCGGCGUUCUUUGUCACGUUCCAGAUCCCAAGAGAGACUGAAGGGAGCACGGUCAAUGGCAAAUCAAAAGAAAAUGAUCUCUAGAUCACCAACACCCAAAAAGCGAAGUUCCAGUGGAAAACGGUACAGUUCUUCGCCUGAGCCUCGAGGUAAGCAAAGUACUCGUGGGCUGUCUUCUGAGCAGACAAAAAUGCUCAGAACUUCAUCACGAGCCGACACAGCUUCCAAUAGGAGGAGAUGGUCAAGGUCACCAAUGUCGGAAACCUCACACAGAAGCACAUCAGCAGAUGAUGUAGAGUCCGCUUCCCCGAAGACCACAAAGUCAAAGUUAUCGCACCGGAAUCGGGAUACGGAGAGCAAAUCUAGACUUUCUCAGAAAGGACCCUCGUCAAGGUCUUCGUCUGAUGCCAAGACUUCUCAAGCAACUGCAGGAUCUGCACAUUCUAAAACUGCCCCUGUGCGCAGCAGUUCUGGUUCAUCUUCAGAACGUGAGGGCAGAGUGAAGACGCCUCCACAGAAAAGUCAGUCAAGAUAUUCAUUAGAGCAUAAAAGUAAAUCCAAAAUAUUGCAGCCCAAAGAUAGGUCUGAGGGCUCUUCGGAGCAUAAAGCCUCUCAUAAAUCGCCUCAGCAGAAGAGUAAAUCUUCAGAUCUUUCACAGCCGGACAAAACUAGAUCCGAUUCGUCAUCCGAACAUGAAGAAUCUAGCCCCAUUCAACACAAAAAAAGAUCGGGUACGUCAUCAGAGGGCGACUAUAAAUCGAAACAUCUUAAACAAAAAAGCAUGUCAAGCUCUGAUCGCGAAGCAAAAUGUAGGUCUUCAGACAGAGAUCGUUCUUUGUCAUCUUCGGAUGAGGAAACCGUGAAAGUGUCUCGGAAACCUACUCGAUCUGGUCCCAAAGAACAAGAAGGCAAGGAUAAAUCUCAGCAGAAUGUGAAGUCCAAGUUACCAUCUGAGCGUUACAUUAAAGCUACAAAAUCCCAUCAUAAGCAGAUGCUUGAGGAGUCGAGGCCAUCCUCGGACCGUGAACUGAAAUCUAGGGUUAGAUCUAGUUCAGGGUCAUCCUCGGAACGGCAAAGUAAAUCGUCAAAACACAAAGUCACUUCGGGUUCAUCAGGAGAGCAGCAACGGACUCGUAACAGGACAAGUUCUGGGUCCUCUACAGAGAGACAAUCUAAACAUCCCCAAGGCAAAGCAAGUUCUGGAUCGCCCACAGAAAGACGGUCUGAACUCAAACGUCCGCCCAGUAGAGAAGUUUCUAGGUCAUCCACAGACCGGCAGCAUAAAUUGAAACCACCCACGGGUAGACCUAAUUCUGGAUCAUCUAUUGAAAGGGAACAGGCAAGGUCUAGGCAACACAGAAGAACCGGUUCUGGAUCAUCUUCUGAACGAGAGCAAACGUCUUCACAUUCCCACACCAGGACUUGUUCACCACUCUCCCCUGCGCGCCCUCCACAGCCUAGGUCAAUCCGUAGCAGGGAGCAUUCUGGAUCAUCCUAUGAGGAGCAAUCCAAAUCUCAAGCACCACGUAGCGGAGAGAGUUCUGGGUCUUAUUUGGAAAGACAAGCAAAAACUAGACAGCCAAGAAGCAGAGCUAGUUCAGCGUCCUCCCCAGAACCGCAACCAAGAUCAAAAGCAUCUGAUAGAGGUAUGGCAGAGUCAUCGCCAGAACAAGCAAAAUCAAGAACGCACCAUAAAAGAUCUAGUUCUAUAUCUUCUCCAGAACAAAAAAUUAAAGCACGCAAUAGAACAAGCUCUAGUUCAUCGUCGGAAAGGCAAUCUGAGUCUAGGCCGCCGCACAGCAGAGAAAGUUCUGCCAGCUCUACGGAAAGGAAACCAAAAUCUAACCCACCGCAAAAAAAAUCUAGUUCCGCCGCCGCCUCUGAACGACAACCUAGCGCCUUUCAACGCAAAGGCAGUUUGCGGUCAUCGCCAGAAAGUGAUUCUGUUAAGACGAAAUUAAACCAGCAAAGAGCAAGCUCUGCUUCGUCUGAAUGUGAAAUUAAAUCUCGGUCUCCAAAAACUAUUGGCUCAUCGGUUGGAGACUUUAAACCUAGAAGUGUUCAACAUAGAGCAAGUUCUAGGUCUUCAACUGAAGAAAGGAGGUCUAAGUCUCAAAGAAAAGCUAGUUCUGGAUCAUCUACUGAACGUGACAAAUCUGAACAUCGUCUUCACAAAACUGACUCGUCUGGCCAUGUAUCCUCGCAUGACCCUCCGUCUUCAGAGCAGAAAUUCAGAUCUGAAAUCCCUCCAACUGGUUCUGAACAGGAAAGUAGACUCAAGACUCCCCAGUUUAGUGGAAGACUUUAUUCGGAGAGAGAACCGUCCCGGUCUUCAUCACCUAAAAUACAAUUGGAUGGAUCAUCACAUGAAAGUACUGAGGGAUCCAUGUCAGGGAAACCCUCACCUGCUCGGUGGAAGGAGAGAAGACCACCUUUGUUGGAAGAGCAUACCUCAGCUCAAGAAAGUGAGAAAUCAAAGAUGUCUCCUAUACAGUAUUCUAAGGAGAAAGAGAACCACUCUACAAUGUCUACUACCAUCCGCUCAGGAUCAAUUGGGACAGAGUCUGAAUUACCUGAAGCUGUUUGUGAAGCAAAGGGCUUUUCUGCCCAGUCAAACAAGGAAUCCCUGCAAGAGUUAUCUUCUGGUGAACAGAGAGCUUUUUCUGAGGCAGAGAACAAAAAAUCUGAGACAUCGGUAGCCGAAAGAGAAUGUCGUAAAAGUCAGUCUAGAAGAACGCAAUCUCGUUCUUGCUCAUCGUCUUCAUCAUCGUCUUCAUCGUCAUCCUCGUCGUCUUCAUCAUCCAGCUCAUCAUCUUCAUCUUCAUCAUCCAGCUCGUCCUCGUCCUCUUCAGAAGAGGAAGAUGAACCACCAAAACAGAAUAUGCCAGCGUUGUCCCCUCCCCCGAAGAAGUUCAAAAAAAGCCAGGCCGAUUCACCUUCGCCCCCGACAAUAAGACCCAAAUCUCCGGAAAAUGCAGAUCAUUCAAAGUCACCUGCAAGUCACAAAGCAGGGAUGGCCAUUGAAAAACAAAUUGUAGCAGAACCUUCACCUCAAGUGUCUAGCAAAUAUUCAGGAAUCCUAUCAAGGAGCCAAUCAAAAUCUCCAGUGCUGACUGAUGGGGAGCCUUUUACAGCACAAAGAACCUGUAACUCACCUGCACCCCCUGUAGAAAUGCUUGGGUCACCUGGAAAGAAAAAUUCCCAGUCUCAUCAAAUAGCAGAUGAUUCCUCAAGACAAGAUGCUUCACCCAUUGACAAGGCCUUAAUGGAAGUUAUUGCCACGGUUCCAAAACGACAGUCGGGGUCUCCGGUGCGCACGAAGAGUGUGUCUCCUAAAAGGAGCAGAUCAAAGUCCCCACCUCGCAGCCAACCAAUACAAAGCAGUUCUCCCGGACUGCUGUCCAGCAAGCGGGCAGAUAUUUCUGAUGCUCAUAGCUCAUCCCUUUCUCCUAAAAGUCUUCACGAGUCCAAAUCAUCUAAAGAUCCACCUCCUCCCACAAGUAAAACUUCUAGUCCUCUGGGAAAGGGGAAAAAGGAUAUUUCCACAGAUUACAGCAGUUCUGACUCGUCUUCUGAGGACAGUAGUUCUGAUUCUUCAAGUCAGCACAGUGCUUCUGAAGGGCGUUCUACCCAGGCUCGUUCAUCUCCCGCCCGGAGGGGCAAAGUGACGGGCCCACCACCUAUAAGGCGUAUUGCGUCGCCGACACCACAAAAGUCUGCCUCUCCAAGACGGGAUACAUCGAGACAGGGGCCCCCCAAAGAUAUUGGACGAAGUCGUUCGUCUACCAGAUCCCCUGGAAGGCAAAUGGACCGCUCGCGUUUAUCAGAGAGAGAGUCACGUCUGCAGAAAAGAUCUGCGUCACGUUCACCAUCCAGAAAGGGAAGAUCGAAAACUCCUCCAAGGCGUAAGGCAAGAACUCCUCCUAGAGCUUUCAGAUCACGUUCUAGGUCUAGGACAAGGGGGAGAGCCCAUAGAGACCGUUCACGGUCUUCUCCAAGACGUGGUGCUUCCCCGUCUCCUUCCUGGCAUGAAAGAAGGCGCUGGAUCCGUCGUAGGUCUCCUUCACCCAGAAGGGGCCGUUCGGGGUCUCGUUCCCGCAUAGAAAGGUCUUGGCGUUCUCGCCGUCGUCGUUCUGGGUCCUCCCCUUGGAGAGGCAGGUCAAGGUCGUUAUCAAGGAGUGAGCAUUCUCGUUAUCCACGACGUGGUAGGUCUAGAUCAUCCCCCAGGAGAAGAUCCCGGUCACCUCGUAGAAGGGAAAAGCCGACUAGUUACUACCGCCGUGAAAGAUCCAACUCUUCACCCAGACGCCGGAGAUCCAGAACUCCAACAAGGAAAUCGCGGUCGCCUGCUAGGAAGGCCAGGUCUCGCACACCUGACAGAAGUGUACAGCGCGGUAGGAGACCGGCGUCCCCAAGUGGUGGCCUCUCGCCGUCUUCCCCUCACAGAGAGGGUUCUCAAACAAGACAAAGGAGAUCUCCACCUAAAUCGGAGAAACCUAUUCCCACCCAAAAGUUUCCUUUGUCACCGGUUAAGAUUGCUAGUCCGGAAGUCCCAAUGAAAGUUAACACAGAUACUUCGGCAAAGGUAAUGUCCCCUUCUCCCCCACACCCGGAAAAGCGUAUGGAUGAGCCCACGAGAAGCCUCUGUAAUGAAGAGGCUUUGCCAAGGGAAGGGCUUGCAGAAGACAAAAGGGGUGAUACGGAGCCCCCUGUAACCAGCAGGAGUCCGGCUCUGGAUGAAGGCAGCCAGUCGCCCCCACUAAGGGUACCUACAGCCCCAGAAACGCCUCCAACGUCCAGGAGUGGGGAGGACAGUUCCGAAACAGUCACACUACUGGAACAGUCUCAUGAGAUGAAGGCUGUGCCAUCUCCAGUGGCAGAAGGGACGACCUGCGCUAUGCAAGGAAGCCUGGAAAAUGGGGAAUCAAAGGCCUCCACGCCGCCAGGCCUCGUGCCUCCUGAGAGUUUAGCUGAACAGGAUGCCCACGAUUCUCUCCCAUCGAAGCAGAAGAGACGGUCGAGCUCUUCAGACAGUUCCUCAAGCUCUGACUCCGAAGCCAGCGUUCACGAGCGUCCAGAAGACCAGGAGAUCGUAACCCAAACUGCCAGGACUCCUAGUCCACACGCGUUGGAAGAACCCAAAUCGGAAGUCUCUACGGUUCAGGAAGGAGCGCGGCGGUCAAGAAGCUCCAGCGCUUCCUCCUCUUCAUCUUCUUCCUCCUCAUCCUCCUCAAGCUCAUCAUCAGACUCUGACUCCUCCAGUUCAUCGUCCUCUUCCUCAUCGUCCUCGUCCUCUUCCUCAUCGGGUCGGUCACAUGACAAAAGCAGUAGCAAGAAGGAUGCUUCUCCAGCACCCCGGAGCAGGUCGCGCAGCCCUCGCAAACCAAUCGAUUCCCUGCGAGACUCCCGUUCCCUGAGCUACUCUCCGGCGGAACGGAGGCGAACGUCCCCAGCAGCAACACGCCGGAGAGAGCGGGAUUCUGGGAGGAAUGUGGAGUCGCCCGAGAGGAAGUGCCGGCGGGACUCGUCCAGCUCCAAAUACCCUCACAGAAGAACUUCCAGGUCGCCGUGAUUCCCCUUUCCUGGUGGUCUUUCCUUCUCAACCCCCUCAUAUAAGGCUCUGGCAUUUGGGAGAUGUUGGCGGUUCUCUCGAGGGGCUUCAGAAGAUGCAGAUCCUAAUUGUAUUCAGUGCACCCCUGGUUUUGCUUUUUGGGGUCUGAGGC